CACAAUGCCAUUACUAAUAUUAAUUUCGUUUUCAGGUGCCGUUCAAGAUCGACUUCCUGACAAAGGAAGUGGUAUUAAGUGAGAUUAAAGUUCAGGUGCAUGGACCGACAGGGCCUGUCAGGGUCGACUUCGACCUCAGCCCGAGAGGAGGCAAGGGAGUUUUCGUGCCCGACGAAGUGGGCAUCUAUGAGCUGACGGUGCUCAAUGAGGACGAAGUGGUCGAGGGCUGUCCGGUGAAAGUGAGAGCUCUCCCUGACGUCUCCAAGAUCAUGUUCUCGGGCAUCGAUCCUUGCGCGCUCGGCUCCAUCGUCGAAGUCGUGAUUAACAGUAAUGGUGUAGGCGGAGGUGAUAUCGACGUGACAGCGUACUCGCCGACCGGCCGUGGACUUGUCUGUCCUGUGAAGGUGGAAGACGGCGUGUACGCGGCCACCUUCCAGCCGGACGAGGCGGGCGAGUGGUCCAUCGCCGUGACGUAUGACGAGGAGCACAUCCAGGGAUCUCCAUUCACCUGUCACGUGUAUGAUCCACAUUCUCUGAAGGUCAGUAUUUGCGUAGAAUUGUACCUCUUUUGCAGUACAUAUUUUUUGUUAAAUCUGAUCGUUAGUUAAUUGAUUUUAAAAGAA